UCCAUUUGCAACAAAACCGCCCAUAUUCUACCACUGUGCAUGUUUACCCCUACAAAUCCGUAUGGCAAAUUAUACAAAUCCGGAUGAUUACAAUCAUGAUCUUUACGAUGAAGAAAAUUGGGACAACGACGAUCCGUAUGGCGGAGAUCCAUACGAUGGAGAUCCGUACGAUACCGGGGAAGGGUCGAGUCAUCCUACGCCUUGUCGGGCAAAUGCAAGAAUGAGACGAGCUGCUGUUGAGAUAUGUAACAUCCACCAUGAUAUGUACAUGUGCAAGGAACCGUGCCGUACCUCCGCCUUAACUGGUCAAGCUUGGGUCACCGAGCUAGAAGAGGGAAACCCAAAGCGUAUGUAUCAAUCAUUUCGUAUGAGUAAGAUGAAUUUCUUUUCACUUGUUUACCAACUUGAGCAUAAUUAUGGGUUGCAAGUAUCCGAGCGAAUCUCAGUUGCUGAGCAAGUAGCUAUCUUUCUCUGGAUAAUGGGCCAACGAGCUAAUAAUAGAAAUGCCCAAGAACGUUUUCAACAUUCGGGGGAGACUAUAUCAAGGCAGUUUCAUAAUGUGCUAAACGCCCUUAAUGCCAUGGCUAUCGAUUGGGUUAGACCAUGGCCUCAACAAGGAGUGCAUAGCAAAAUAGCUAACAAUCCAAGAUAUUAUCCACAUUUCAAGGACUGCAUUGGGGCUAUUGAUGGCACUCACAUAAAAGCCCACCCACCUACGGACGACCCUAUACAGAAAUGGAUUGGUCGGAAAGGAUAUCCAACACAAAACAUUAUGGCCGCAUGUGACUUUGAUAUGUGCUUCACGUUCGUGUUAUCGGGAUGGGAAGGAAAUGCGCACGACACAAGAAUUUUUUAUGAUUGUAUAAGGAAUCCUGCGUUAAAUUUUCCAACACCACAAGGAGAUCAAUUUUAUUUGGUAGAUGCCGGGUACCCAAACACUCGUGGUUAUCUAGCACCAUACAAAGGUUGUAGAUAUCACCCUCCUGAAUGGCGUGACGGAGGCGCACCAAGGACGAACUUUGAAAGGUUUAACAAAAUACACUCCUCUCUUCGGUGCACCAUUGAAAGGACAUAUGGCGUUUGGAAAGCUCGUUGGCCUCUGAUUUGUGACAUGCCUGUUGGCUUCAUAAUGACAACACAAGUAGCUCUUGUGUCCGCAACGAUGGCGAUUCAUAAUUUUAUAAGAAGGAACAACUUUCCUGACAUUCCUUUUGGUUUCUAUGAUAGGCGACCAAAUUUCUUGCCUUCAGAUCGAGGAGUAGAAACUACAGCACCUAACGGCAACCAUGGCAAUAGGGUCCAACGUGAUGAUCGUAACAUGGACACUGUAAGGGCAUCUAUGCGAGAUUUCAUUGUGGAAAACAAUAUACGUUAGGUCACCUCGACACUUUGGAGGUUGUGUAAUGUUGUUGAACCUGUGUGUUUAUUUUUUUUGCUAUGCUUUUUUUUUUU